CCGAACCCAACCUAAAUAUACAAACACGAGCCUCUUGUCUUCUCUAAAACCCUACAAACACACGAGCUGCAACUCAAUCGCAACAGAGAAAGCAAGAGAAGAGAAACUCACAAAGCAGCCUCAAAAUGCCAAAAUCGAAACGGAAUAAACAAGUUACACUAUCGAAGACGAAGAAGAAGGGAAGAGAACACAAAGAGGUAAUAGUGAACGCGAUUAGAGAUGCAGCUGAAAAGUACAGUUCGUUGUACGUGUUCUCCUUCGAGAACAUGAGGAAUCUCAAAUUCAAGGAGUUCAGGGACCAAUUGAAAUCGAGUAGCAGAUUCUUCCUUGGUUCCAACAAAGUCAUGCAGGUCGCUCUUGGUCGUUCUGCUUCUGAUGAGAUCAAACCUCGCCUGUAUAAGGUUUCAAAGUUGCUUCGCGGAGAUUCUGGCAUGUUUUUUACCAAUUUGUCUAAAGAAGAAGUUGAAAGGCUGUUCAAUGGAUAUGAGGAAUAUGACUUUGCAAGAACAGGAGGCAUUGCCACCGAAAAGGUGGAUCUCCAAGAGGGUCCUUUAGAGCAGUUUACACAUGAGAUGGAACCUUUUCUCAGGAAGCAAGGGAUGCCUGUUCGGUUAAAUAAAGGUGUUGUGGAGCUUGUUUCUGAUUUUGUUGUUUGUGAAGAGGGAAAGCCCUUGUCACCUGAGGCAUCUCGCAUACUGCGUUUGCUGGGAAUCAAGAUGGCUACAUUUCGACUUCACCUGGUUUGCAGGUGGACUCCCGAUGAUUUUGAACUUUACAUUGAUGGACCUGGUGAUUCAGAUGUUGAAUGCUCAUAGUAACCCUGUUUUGAAACGAUGAAGAUUACAAGAUUCGAUGCGGAUGUAAUUUUUUGCGUAGGAGGCAGCCUUGGUUUGCUCAUAGAAUGCUAUGUAGUGUCUGGCUAUUUUCUGAUAAUGUAUUUUUAGUGGAUUUUAUGAAUGUGAGUCUUUCGUGUACUAGGGCAAGUGAUCAACUGGGAAGUGGCAUGUAGCCUGUCUGUAACUUAUGAAAAAUUCAAAUUGUUAUGAUUACAUUUUUAAUUUGUUUAGCUAUUUUUUUUGCUGCUGA